AUGGAUCACCUUCAGUGGCUGGUGAGGUUUUACGCGUUGGCGGUUCUCCUAGGUUUCCGGCUGGAACAGGGCGCUUGCCAGCAUUACCUCCACAUCCGACCGGCCCCCAGCGACAAUUUGCCCCUGGUGGAUCUAAUCGAGCACCCGGACCCUGUCUUCGAUCCCAAGGAGAAGGACCUGAACGACACGCUGCUGAGGACCCUGCUGGGCACCCACUUCGACCCGAGCUUCAUGGCGGUCUCCUUGUCCGAAGAUCGUCUCGGAGGGGACGACCUAGCCCAGCUGGACCUGCUGCUGCGGCAGAGGCCGUCCGGAGCGAUGCCCAGCGAGAUCAAAGGUCUGGAGUUUUACGACGGGGGGCUCCAGGCCAGCAAAAAGCACCGGCUGAGCAAGAAGCUCCGUCGGAAGCUGCAGCUCUGGCUGUGGUCUCACACCUUCUGCCCGGUCCUCUACACGUGGAACGACCUCGGCAGCCGCUUCUGGCCCCGCUACGUGAAGGUGGGCAGCUGCUUCAGCAAGCGCUCUUGCUCCGUCCCGGAAGGCAUGAUUUGCAAGCCGGCCAAAUCCAUGCAUCUGACCAUUUUGCGGUGGAGGUGCCAGCGCCGCGGGGGGCAGCGUUGCACGUGGAUCCCCAUCCAGUACCCGAUCAUUUCCGAGUGCAAAUGCUCCUGCUAG